GUGCGUGUGUGUACAUGUUACGCGCAUACGUCAACAUGUAUUACCUGCCUCCCUUAGGAGGUGCCCCGAGUUGCGGCCCGGGGCCUACGUGGCGGCGCGAGGACCACGUAGCUGGAGAGGUACCUGGAGGGGUUGUAGGUGCAUUUUAGCAGGGCACCCUCCUAGCGACCAGCCAGGAAUGUUGGCAUGCACCGUAACCCAUCGUCAGGCCGGGCUUCUCGCCCAGCGAUGCGAGCCAGCCCAGGUCCGCGAUUUGCAUAUGCGCUCCCGCCUUCUGCUCACUCGUCGGCAUAGGAGCCUCCUCUUGCGCGGCUACGCCCGCCACCGAAAAUCUCGAAAAGGUUCUGCUCAACCUUCUCCAUCUUCACCAACUGCCCGUCCCCAGAGAACCCACACCAAGACCAUCAUGGCGCCCGUGCCAUCCCAGCCCUUCGUGAGGUACGCAUCUCUGAACCAAGAUGUGAUCGAUCUUCGAUGCGUCACCCUCCUCGACAUAUAAUACAUGUACGACAUGCAGGCGGUGUUGUUGACCGGGUGCCCAGAUACUCUCCCUUAGCUACGGUUGGCGCCCACCUGUCGCUCAUCGUCUACUUGACGUAUACCGUGGCCGCCGCUCUGCAUACGUCCUACCAGUCUCUGGGCCCGGCUCACGACACGCGGUCGCGGCUCGCACGGCGCAAGAAGCUGGUGCCGGCGUUUGUCGCGCUCGCAUCUGCCGCCUUGUGCUGGGCCACUUAUACAUCCGUCGCCGCCGCUGCCCUGUCGUACCAGACCUGGGCCAGCGAGCACGGCCACGGCCAUCUAGAACGCUCAACCCCCGGCGGGGACCAAGCUUCGGGCCCCAGCAGCUCGGACGGUCCAGCUUUCGCCCAUGUCGCUCGGUGGUUGAGCGACACGCCCUUCUAUUACGAUGCCCUCGAGAUCGUCGUCGAGAAGGCUCGCCGCUUCUGGUGGAGCCAGCAGAUCGACCUCGCCACGGUGGCAUUCAGCGUGUUGCUGUCAGUCGAAGGGCGGCGGCGGGGCAUUCCGUCAACUCCGGCCUUUCUCGCAUUAGCCCACCUCGUCAACCUGUCCUAUGCCCAGAACCUGUUCUAUCUUGCUCUCACCCUAACCCCGUCGCCACUUCCGACAGGGGUCGAGCAUCUCCCGUCGAAGGUCGGGCCUCCCGCUUCGUCACGAUUGAUUCAGAUUCGCCGCAAGCUCCUCCCCCCGAAGCCCAGGAACUGGCACCCGCACCCUUUGCUAACUCUCGGCGCCUUGGCUCUGAGCUUUGGGUCGAUUUUCCUGCUCCCCUACGCCGCCGACACGCGCUCGUUCGCGAACGUUGUGCUAUUCGCCCGAGUUUCGACCUUCUUACCUCUUGUCCUACCCGAAAUCGUGCCAGCGACUUGGGGCGCCGUGCAAUCGCAUCCCCACGACGCACACGGCUCGCUCACAACCAUAUUCCAAAUCGUUUCCGCGACCUCCUUCGUAUUACACGCUAAAGCUGCCAUUGUGGGGCUAAUCUACAAUAUUCCCGAUUCAUACCGCCAUCGCCAUAGUGCCCUCGUCGCUUGGGAUGCCGAGGAGCGGGCCGCGUGGGAACGCGGUACUACGGCGCUGGGAAAGGUUCUCGGCUCUAUAUCCGACCAUCCCGUGGUCAAGGCCGUGGGCGGAGACGUAUUGCUCUGCACGCUCAGCUUAGGCGUGUGGGCAGCGGUUCGCGCCGCCGAUGUUAAAGACAUCAUCAAGUCGACGGUCCCCGUCUAUACGCUUGGCCGCGAGACCAAGCAGGUGGCGGAGGAUGAGGCGCCCAACGCCUCUUUCAAAGCCGGCUCCGAAUCUGCCGAGGACGCCGCGUCGGAGCAUUCGGUGACGCCGAGACGCCGGGGGAGAAGGCUCACUAAGUCGCAAAUAGGGAGCGCUGCCAGCUCGAGAAGGCCUAGCAGGGUGCCCAGCGAGGUGUCCGGGACGCCGGGGAGAAAGCGAGGCCGGCCCAGGAAGUCGCUGCAGUUUGAAGAAGAGCUAGCGUACGAACGUCUCUCGUCGCAGCUCCGAGGGCUGGCCGAAGGGGACACGCUGCCGGCGAAGGAGCUGGACUGGGAAUCCGCGGCCCUAGCCUGGGGCCUAGCCGCGUUUGCCGGGCUGGGCUCCGCGUCGGCUGGCGUCUUUGGGGCGGAGUGUGUCGCGAGAUGAAGAAUCCGAUAUGGUGAAUGAUAAGCUUACGACGUUGAUGAGGAACUUGUGGCGAAAGGUGGGACCCGGGGAAGGAAUAUCAAGGAUAGGGUACGCUGGGCAGGCUUGAGGGCCUAAGGCAAGUUUAUGUUGGGCGUGGAAAAUUGAACAACAGCUUCUCCAGGUAUUAAUUUGGAAGUCUCAAAUAAAUCAAGUACGCUCGCUGCGUUUCUUAGUAUAGUUAGGUAUGCAUUCGGCCUGGAUGUAUCCCGGGCUGCCGUGCCGCAGACUACCCCUUUCUGCAACGACGUUGUUCCUAUUCGCCGUGGCCA